GUUGAGUCUAAGCGACGCGAGCCGAGUGGGCUCAUUCAUAAGUCGUGACAUUUCGAUCGUGGCAUCAUCAACAUGGCUGGAUUAAUUGCCGUCUUGUCUCUGUUGGCUAUCAUCGUGACUCCAGGAUUGGGAAUGUGUUUCUUUCCGGCCGAAUUCCAGGGCGAGUUCAUGACGCAAUCAUCUUCACGUGGCGGCAUCAAUUUGCAGUACGCGCCCAUCAGCAUCCUGCCAGAGUCCAUUCCCGUCUGGGGUGUUUGCCAUCGGCGAUUUGGUAACCGAGUCAUCCUCAUGGACAGGACUGGCGGUACUAAUUGCAUCCGCUGCUUCGAACUGACAUUACGGUCGCUCAACGUCGUCCAGAUCCACACGGAAGGACUCGAUAAAUGCUACACGACCGAGGAGGCGGCCAUGGCCACCUGCCCGACGGACGAGAGUAUCGCCACGGGCAAAUCGCGAGAAAUCAUGCUCUACAAAACCAAAGAAUUGAGUGGCGAUACAGUCGUUGCUCAGGAGUACUGCCCAAUCAAUGGCCGAUUUGUUUUCACUUAUUCCGUCAACGACGGAUUGGCCGACCAUGUCAGCGUCGGCGAAAACGUCAAUGAAUGCCACGAACCCGUUUCGGAGCUGUCCAACUGUCCGUACGGUUUCGGACUCGGACUACGCUUCAAGCGUUGCUCUUUCGGCGAACUAGAAAUCAACUUUCAGUGCCUAGGAGAUUGGAUUGGCCACAACGGCGAGCGCUACAUGGCCCUGCUGGACGUUCAGGAUUCGACGGCAGUGGCGACGGCCGGCGGCGUCUGUGUUAACGGCGCCGAGCGCCGACCCCGUUAUCGUUGUGCGCUGUAUAAGGAGGAUCCGGAAACGGGCAAAAUGUAUGUGGCCCUAUCCAGCGACUCGACGUGCACCAACGACCUCAAGAGCCCCAAAGAGGGUUAUGAGACUUUGGUAUUGACCAGCAUACCCCCUCCGCCUUUACCCUUCGAGGUGAGUACCAGUUCUUGCCGCUUCCCUUCAUGGGCGCAUGGCCAAUGGCAGGAUGCCUACGUCGAAGACGAUACGCUCAUCUACAAGGAUCUUCGCAACUUCAAGACCUACACUCUCAAAUGUAUGGUGGAUGAUAAAACUUUGCCUGACGACCAGGGCAGGUUCGUCGUCUACGCUCGGACUCAGUGUGGAGACGAUUUCUAUACGUGCCUGACGGUGGAGAAACGAGGCGUCAAUGUCAUGGAGUUUCAAUUGGGAACUGAGACAUCGACGUCGUACAAUCAAAGUCUGUGCCAGAACGAGAAGUUCCCACAGGAGACGUGGGUCACCCAAGGAAGGAUCACCGUAUUCUCGGAAGAGGCGUGCCCCAUUUCCGGAGAAUACACGGGCGUCAUCCCCGACGCUGUCGGACUUUGUGCCAAAUUGUAUUCGGAUUGCCGCAACCCUCAGCGCAUGUUUUACAGCGUCUCCAAUUGCCACAACCUCAGCGAAGUCUACGAAGGUAUGACAACAUUUACCAAUUUCGCGUUCAUUCAAUGGAUUAACAAAAAAAAAAACAAAAAAACAUUUCGUAUUCACACCGUUACAGAACGCGAAUACCGUUGUUUGGGCAAGUUCGCUGACCGAGGCCUGACCUAUACCUACACAGAACGGCGCGAUGUCUUAGGUUAUGAAUGUUUCGUUGGCGUGAUCAUUAACGACGGAGAACUCUUUAUCAAAGAAGCUGGUGAACAUUGCCAAAGAGAUGUCGAACCUCUUCGUCUUGGAAUGAAAGUCACUCGUCAAGCCACUUGUUACGCGCCGAGGCCUUCGGCGAAACCAAACGCCAUCGCCACAGCGGCCACGUCAACGACCAACUUCAACACCAAUAUGCAUCCAUCCGUUGUCGACUCGAACGGCGUUCACAGGCCGGCCUCAUCUCUACCACCGCACAACGGCAUUCAACCCACAACAAUCAAAACAUGGAAACCUGUCACAGAUUCACCGAUGGGAUCAUCAGGUUACAGAAGUCUUUUUACCUCUUCGAUGUUGCUGUUGGCUUUCGUGGCGGUUCAACUGCUUGAUCGUUGGCUAACGGGCUCGCGGUUCUAUUGAAGUUGCUGUUAUUGUGUCUGUGGGAAGGCCCCUCCACAGUGGUGUAAAUCUGUUGUAAAUAAAGAUUAUCAGAGUGAAAAGUA